GAUUCGAGUAUAAUUCUUAUCAGAGCCGGGGGCAUUUCGUUGCGCAUCAUGCAUGACCUAAGUUCGUGAAGCCGUCGAUAGUGUUUUAGUAUAUCUACAUAGAAGCUUAUUAUAUAUACUCGGCGCCUUGCAAUUGCUCCACAACCUCUAGAUCGCCUGAUCCUGAGGGCUAUUGCGGCGCACGUACCGUUCGCCCCCCACCUUCUACUACCUAUCUGCAAGAGGGAGAUCAAACGCGCCAGCCGAUGGAUACAAACGAAAUAUCACCAGGAUUAUUAUUGGACACAGCUCACCCGAUCUAUUACGUGCUCGAACGUUGUUAUUCCUCACAAGACCUAUGCGCUUAUCCCGAGCCCCGUCUGCUUGAAACUGUACCGCUUUAGACAUACGCUUCCCUUUUACUUCCAAUUCAAGUCGUCUUGCCCAUCCUUACGCCUUUUCUCGAAGUUAUUGCGUUUUCAAAUCUACCGAUACGAUACAGACUUUCACUGGGGUUUGACUUCUUAGCGAAUUCUCGUUUCGAUGAGCUAGCUAGUUCAUAGGAGUCUACAAUGAAGACGUUUCAAGAUUUCGAUGUUGAUGACGCCAAGGUGGAGGAAAGAAGAAGUCUUCUUCCUAAAAACAUCAGACGGGUUAAGGACGUCAAGGUUAUUAGAGGUUCCCCUAAAUGGCCAGGACUCACUAUUGCCGUUAUCUUGUUUCUCUGGUGGACAUGGUUUGUCAUAUCAGAUUUAGUUGGGCCUGGAGAACCAAUAUCUGAUAUUCAUGGGGACAAAUACUAUGAGUUUGAUGAGAUAAUACCGAGUGAGAAACUUAUAUGGUAUCCAUGCUUUGACAUCGCCCCUGGAUCGAGGUUCAAAUGCGCAAGACUCACGGUUCCUAUGGACUAUCAUCGGCCUCUAAAUGAAUCGGAUGACAAUCCUAAAGUACAUAUUGCGUUAAUUUUAAUACCCGGAAAGCAUACUGGAGAUCAGUUCUCUAAAUCACCGUUACUCCUGAAUCCAGGUGGGCCCGGAGGAUCUGGUACACUGUUUGGUCUCGUAGCCGGAUCACUGAUUCAAAACAUUGUUGGUGACGAUCAAGAUGUAAUUGGAUUUGAUCCUCGAGGUGUUGGAGCAACAACGCCACCAGCUGAUUGUUUCUCGUAUGGGGGGACAUAUGAUGGAGUGGGAGAUGACCAGGCACGAGGAGAUUACCACAGGCUACUUUUCAACGUCGCAGGGCAAGCAAUUGGUCUGGCUAAUACGAGUUCAACGGCAUUGCGACAUCUUGAUGCACGUGCAAAAGCUAUGGCAAAAUUGUGCGCGGAGAAGGAUUCCCUGAGUGGACAAAGCAGUAUUUUUCGACAUGCGGGAACACCAAGUGUUGCAAGAGAUAUGAUUAGUAUCAUAGAUGCGUGGGAUGAUUGGACCUCAAGUAUGAAAGAAGAAUCGGCAUACUAUGAUAUUGCCGAUUUCGAUCUUCCUGAUGAAAGAGAGCCCGAAAAUGAGCCCGAAGAUGCAAGUUUAGACACAAAGGGUAAAUUAGUGUAUUGGGGUUUCAGUUACGGGACACUUCUUGGAUCUACCUUCGCAGCAAUGUUCCCGGAUAGAGUAGGCCGACUUGUCCUGGAUGGUGUUGUUGAUGCUGAUUAUUAUGUUGCUCCUAUCUGGCUCGAGAGUCAACGAGAUGCAGACAAGGUGUGGUCAUCGUUUUUCAAAUACUGCCACGAGGCGAAGUCGGCGUGUGAAUUCCACAGGGAAAACGACAAGGUAACAGAUAUCGAGGAGAGAUUCGAGUCUGUUAUGGAGAAAUUGAAAAAGAACCCAAUAUCUGUUGUUUUAAAGGAUAGCCUAACGCCCUCUCUCGUGACCUACUCGGAAGUCAAAUACCAAAUUUUUCAGAUGCUCUACGCUCCCCUAUACGGUUUCCGAGUUCUCGCUCCAUUGCUUGAUGCCCUCGAACGCAACCUCGAAGACUUUUUUGAGUUUAUUCCCACACCUCCGUCAUACGAUCUCGAGACCGUUUGUAAGCAUUCUCAGCCAAAGUGGAUUUAUUUCAAUGAUGCGCAACGAGUCAUUUUUUGCAGUGACAAGAAGUACCCACUCAACCACACAUAUUCUGAGAUUGAGAGCAUGUUUGAAGACAUGGAAGCCCAAUCAGCAUUUGCGGAUGCAUGGAUAUCGCUCAUGAUACAAUGUUCUGGGUACGAUAUUCAAAGUAAUGAUCCCCCCAUGCGAUGGGAUGACCAUCCAGCACAUAGGCAAAAGCCAAUUAAGACCGCUUUUCCACUGCUUUAUAUUAGCAAUAGCGCAGACCCUGUUACACCAUUAUUCGCAGGAGUAAAGAUGGCUACAAAGUUCGUGGACGCGGGCUUCGUUGAACAAGAAUCCGAAGGACAUUGCAGUCUAGCUAUGAAAUCCAGAUGUACCAUUGAGAAAGUCAGGGCAUACUUCCGUGAGGGAAAAGUUCCCGAAGCUCCCAAGCUAAGAGGAGAGGGAUCAGAUUUGCUGGAUGGAGAGUGGGAAAAGUGUCCCGCUGAUGAAUGGCCAUGGCACGAAUAUCAACCAAGUGCUCGGGUAGCAAACGAGGUAGAGGCAGCAGAACUGAAGCGACUAGACGCAUGGGGUGGUAUCCGGGACGCUUUUGCCCGAGUUGAUCUCUGGGGUGCGAAAGAGUUCAGAAGAUUUGACAUUGCAUUGUGAUUUAACAUAUAUCGAUAUAUCAGCAUAGCGGGAGUUGGGAGUUUUGUGAGAUAGACAUAUACAUGGAUGUCAAUUAAAGAUCGGCUCGCCCUUUGUUUCAUUUAAGUAGAACUGCCCGAAUAACUAUUUUACACUCGAAUUCUCAGCAUCUUUUCGAUUUGAACAACAACACGGACAUUGAAAAGCUGCCUAUGUGAGGAGUGGAGCUGCAAACACUAAUCCAAAUGUCGUA